AAUGCUGGAGCUGAGGGCUCCAACCCUGGGAGAAGGAAGAUGCUCCAGACCAGCAACUACAGCCUGGUGCUGUUCCUGCAGUUCCUCCUGCUUUUCUACGACCUCUUUGUCAACUCCUUCUCGGAGCUGCUCCGCACGGCUCCCGCCGUCCAGCUCGUCCUCUUCAUCAUCCAGGACAUUGCUAUUCUCUUCAACGUCAUCAUCAUCUUCCUCAUGUUCUUCAACACCUUCGUCUUCCAGGCCGGGCUGGUCAACCUUCUCUUCAACAAGUUCAAAGGGACCAUCCUGCUCUCUGCAGCCUACCUGGGGCUCAGCAUCUCCUUCCACGUCUGGAUUAUGAACCUGCGCUGGCGCGAUUCCGGCCGCUUCAUCUGGACCGAAGGGCUCCAGACCCUCUUUGUUUUCCAGCGCCUGGCGGCCACGCUCUACUGCUACUUCUACAAGAGGACAGCAGUCCACCUGGGUGACCCCCUGUUCUACCAGGAUUCCCUCUGGCUGCGCAAGGAGUUUGCUCAGUUCCGUGGAUAA